AUGUCGUCGGGUCUCCAGUUCCUGGACCAGCUCGCCGAGGACAUCCUGAAUGGUCGGACCGACGCUUCGCUCCAAGGAACCGUCGUGGCCCUCCCCGCGCCGUCAGACUCCGCUCCCUCUUCCGGCUCCGCUACGGCGUCAACAACGUCGUCGGGCAAGCAGUCGAAGUCGCCUUUUAAGAGGACACCCAAGUCGCCUAAGUCACCAGCGCGAGGCAAGCGUAAGUCCAGCGGAGACGACUCUACUUCUACGUCGUCCGCGAAGAAGGAUCGCGUUGUCAGCAAGCUUAAGAAGUCGAACGUUCCAUCCAGCGAGUUUGGUCAUCUUCUCGACGUGAGCCGCACUGCUCCAGCUCCCGUUCGUCGGGUAAUUGCUGCCAUCUUGGCGAAGGCAGAGGCCCUUGGUAAGAAGCCCUGGCGCCUCGCGUACCCUUGGACCGGACGUCCCAUGUGGUACGAUCCAAUCAAGUUCAGUCAAGUAUACCGCGCGCACUGGCGUUUCUGUAUCACCCAUCGCCGUGCUUUCUGGGAGUGGGCCCUACACGCCCCUCUUGCCACGGCCGCGGCCAUGACUCAGCGUCGUAAGCUGAAGAUGCGCGCCGUUCAAUCCCGCUGGGCCUUCACCUGCCUUUGCAUUGAGACAUGGGGCUUUUAUGCCUUCCUCGAGAGGUUGGAGAAGCGUCCUGAGAUGUAUUGGAUCGGGGGCCAGCCCGGCAGAGCCACUCGCGAUGGCCGCCCCUACAACGGAUUCAUUGCCGAGGACCUAGCGACCCUGAAGCAGAAGGACAAGGAACGCUAUGACGCCACGCUCGAGAACGCGCUGGACCCAUCGACUAUCGACACUUACGGGUACCCCAGCAUGCGUUCUUUGUUUGAGUCUACGGACGCGCUGAGUCCGGCCGCAGACGAGAAGAGCCGGCUCUCCCUCGCUGCCCUAGCUCGAGCUCGCCGCGACAUCAUGUCAAGCACGAAACCAAACGUGACUGGGGCUGGUGAGGCGAACGAGAAACCGUGGCAGACGCUCGUAAACGAUCACGCCGUCAAGCCGGCUCGAGACGACAUCAUGGCCCAGAUCAACGCGGGGACGUACGAAGUCCCAGCAGUCCGUCCACCGUCCAGUACGGAACGUCGCCGCGACGAGUGGUCCGAGUUCGAAGAUGAAGGCGAGGACGAAGAGAAGGAAGCUGCGGGCGAAGGCGACGACGCUGCUGGUUACGACGACGAGGAGUCCGAAGCCGCCGACGACGAAGACGAGCAGGAAGGGGAGGAAUUCGUCGAGCGCGAGGACGGCGACGAGGAAAUCGAUAAGGACGAAGAUGAGGACGACCUGAAGAAGGCCCCGGAGAUUCUUCAGUCUUUUGCGCUGUAG